AUGUUGAGGGAAAGUCUUGUGCCUGAUGGGCAGCCUCUUGCUAUUAGAUGCUCACUGGAAAAGAGCUUGAAAAGUGGAGACUACAACUUAACAUGGUAUAAAGUUGGUAACCAGACAGCUGUGCCUAGAGACAAACUUUCUAGAAUUCAUCAGCAGAAGAAUUUAAUUUGGUUUCUUCCGGCAAUGUUAGAAGAUUCUGGAGAUUAUGAAUGUGUCAUAAGUUGCAGGAAUUCAUCAAUCUGCAGGAAAAUGUGUACAAAAGUAACAGUUUUUGAGAGGACUGAUGGUUUAUGCUUAAAUGAAAAAUUUUCUGUAGAGGAGGUGGUAUUCACAUUAUCAUCUGCAAAGGUUGUGUGUCCACACUUGGAUUAUUUCAGGAAUGAGAAGAAUAUUCAUCCUGUUCGUUGGUAUAAGGACUGCCAGCUGCUGGAAGGGAAAAGAUUUGCCUUCUCAAACCGUGAUCUUAUAAUUGUCAAUGUGACUGUACAUGAUCAAGGAAACUAUACAUGUGAAACAACAUAUACCUACAAUGGAAAACAAUAUAACAUUUCACGAGACAUCCAUCUGACUGUAGAAGUGAGCCCACCAAAAAAGCCUCCAGAAAUAUUUUAUCCGAGAAACAACUCCAUUGAAGUGGAACUUGGCUCACAGGUUGCAGUGGAUUGCAAUACAACAGGUGCUGAUGGUUAUGAGGUGUUUUGGACAGGCAACGGUGUGUAUAUUGAUGUAUUUUAUGUGGGCAGAAUUUUUGCAAGUCCUUAUGAGGAGGAAACUUAUUACGAUGGACGCCCUAUGUAUUCUGUGAAGCUAAUAAUUUCAGAAGUGAAUAGUGAAGAUUAUGAGCAACCGUUUGUCUGUCAAGCUUCAAAUGCCUUUGGACAGGUUGCAUCGUAUAUUAUAUUAAAACACAGAGUUCCUGAUAUACGAAGGUGGCUGACUGGAGGGCUUGUCUCUUUGUUAAUUUUAACAUUUAUUACAUUAAUAAUCUACAAGAUUUUCAAGAUUGACUUGGUGCUUUGGUACCGUAAUUCUGUCUGUGCCUUUGCAAGUGAGGAAGAUGGGAAAAUCUAUGAUGCAUAUGUCCUGUACGCAAAAAGCAGUGAAGGCAGAAGCUUCGAUCGUCUGGAAACCUUUGUUCAUAGAAUACUCCCUGAUGUUUUAGAACAGCAAUGUGGGUAUAGUCUCUUCAUAUUAGGAAGGAAUGAUUUACCAGGAGAAGCUGUGGUCAGUGUUGCUGAUGAAACCCUUAAGCAAAGCAGAAGGCUGAUGAUUAUUCUGGCAUCAGAAACAUCUAGUUGCUGCCUGUUAGAAGACAUCUCUGAACAACAACUAGCUAUGUAUAAUGCUCUCAUCCGUGAUGGGAUUCAAGUGAUUCUUAUAGAAAUGGAUGAAAUACAGGACUACGCGGGCAUGCCAGAAUCAAUCAAAUACAUUAAGCAAAGACAUGGAGCUAUCCAAUGGAAAGGAGACUUCUCAGAGAAAUCUUGUUCAGCAAAUGCAAGAUUCUGGAAAAAUGUGCGCUAUCGAAUGCCAUCCAGGAAAAAGCUCUCUUAUUCUGAAGUGUAUUUGUUGCCCCUAACUUCAAACAAUUCUGCAGCAGAGGGAAGUUAAGAUGCACUUAUUAAAAUAACACUGAGAAGGUAA